AGGAAACUGCUCAGAUGACGGCUCGCGGUUCAGUGUAGCGUUCGUAGUCGGUUGUGCUUGACACGUCCCGUUGACCGUAAGCGUUACGAUUGUGUUGGAAAUCAAUCUCCAUCUCUUGCUGCACCGUUCUAUCCCGUGUAGGGUAAAGCGAAAGGGAAGCACUGUGAAGUGGAAAUUUUUUUUUAAUUUUUAGUGGAAAAUUGUGCAUAAGAAAAUUCUACAAAAUUUCCCCCCUACAGCGUGCUCUAGUGUUGAAUAGCAAAACACUUGACGGCCAGUGCUACUUCUGUUGGUGGUUAAUCAAAUGUUCGAUGCGGUGUAUGUGUGUGGUGCAUGUGUGUGUGGUGAGCUGAGAGUGCAUCAAGCAUGAUGGACCACCACUCGUCGAUACCUUAUUGAUUGAGUUAUAUGUGGAUGUGACAGAAUCAACAGCAUCUUCGCUGCAUCCAAGCGACGACAAGUGGUAGAACGGGAUUGCAUCGUCGCAUUAUCAACUAAUGGAUUACAGUGGAAGUGAUUGCAGUAAGUGCCGAGCGUAAAUCGGGGUUGGUGCACGGAAAAUCAUUACUCAAGCUGUUUGCCGUGUAAGUGUGAGUAGUGGUGAAUAGAAUGGCCAGUGAUAAAUAUUGUUAAACGAUGUACCAGGAAUAAGCUAAAUUAAGGUUGUGACAAAAGCUUGGAGCGUUUGAAAACGUUUGAAGGUGUUGACGGCAGUGGAUCGAUUAUUGAAAACAGAUUAUCGUGCCGCAUCGUACCAACUUUCAUGUAAUGGCGGAAAGAAAUGCCGACAUCUAAUCAGCAUACACAAUUGGGCCCCAUUCAGAAUGGCACCGGCAACCCAAAGUAGCAGUCGUGACCGAACAACAACUCAAUGUAAAGGAACCAUCAUAGCCAGUCGUGCACAUCGAAAAUGCACAUAGAAAAUGUUCUGCGAGCGUCAUGUAUCAUUUGGGUUUCCGUCAGCUCGAACAUUAUAAUGACCGCCACGACCGAGGAGUCCGACGCCCCGCAACCGUACUUCGACUUUGACGUGCCGCGCAAUCUCACCGUUACCGUGGGCCAGACCGGGUUCCUGCACUGCCGGGUCGAGCGGCUAGGCGAUCAGGAUGUUGCGUGGAUACGACAGCGUGAUCUGCAUAUACUUACGAUGGGAGCCUCCACGUACACAUCGGACCAACGCUUUCAGGUGAUACGCCCAGAAGGUUCCGUCAACUGGACGCUGCAAAUAAAAUAUCCCCAGACACGUGACUCGGGCGUGUACGAGUGCCAAAUCAACACCGAGCCGAAAAUGUCCCUGUCAUAUGUGUUGAAUGUAAUUGAGUUACACGCCCGGAUACAGGGACCGUCGGACAUAUUCGUCAAGUCUGGCAGCGAAAUAACGAUGGUUUGCGUCAUCCAGCAGGGACCACACGAGCUGGGCACGGUGUUCUGGUACAAAGGAAGCACGCUGGUGGAACCGCUCGACCAGGAAAACGACAUCCAUUCGGGCGAUCGUGGACGGAUCACCAUCGAAACAGAUUGGACAGAUGCUCUGACAUCGAGAUUAAAGAUAAAGCGAGCGGUGCAGAGCGAUACCGGAAACUACACCUGUGUACCGACGAUGGCCCGCCCGGCAAGCGUCUGUGCUCAUGUAAUUAGUGGCGAGCAUCCAGCGGCAAUGCAGCACAAUGCAGCCCGCCCCAUUGGCCAGCCAGCACUACGGCACAGCAUGUGCAUCCUAUUAUUAUUGCUGCACCUGGUGGCCACUCGGCUGUACCUGGUGGUGACGGGCGACCGGUGGCCCUACCGCGGACAGAGCACCAGCCACCGGCAGCCGGUCCGCGCUCGUUCGGCCCGCGGCACAAGCUCAAGACCUUCGCCAGCAGCGGCAGCAGCACACCAACAGCACGGUACGAUAGUUUUUCCAACCGAGCCCAGCUAGCACAAAGUUUCGCAAUUUGGCAUACCCGAGCGGGCCCCCGAAAUGGAAUCUCGCACGUAUGAUGAUGCACCACCGCCGCCCCGGGGACACACCGGUCGCGCCAGUGUCCAGUGAAUGAAUUCGGUUCUUCCCGACGGCCCCACCCACAGGUGAAUCUCCCGCAGUUCGGGAAAUUUAUUGUUUCAUUUGCUGCAAAAUGGCAGCCCCUUUCACCCAUCUUACCGCACCUAGUGAUGCACACGGACACAACGUGUGGAAAUGGCCAGCCAAAAGAAGCGACAGUGGGGAGAGAAAGAAAAAACCUUGGAAACAGACAAAUCGAAAAUAUCUUCAUUCAUAGUGAGAAUUCUGAUUCAUCAUACAUUCCUUGGGAGGACAGCCAUACGUAUCUUUGUACACAAUCACUCAGCAACAGUCACAGCGAAUGAUUCGGUAAUAUGAACGAGAACAAAUCAACCGAGUAUAGUCAACGAACAAACCUGGAUUAAAUUUUGGUUUUUUCCCUCCGUUAUGGCUGGAGUAUGAAGAAGCUUCACUCCAGCAAUCGAAUGGAGACGGAUUGUGACAAACGGCCCUAGCAUGGCUGUGGCUCUUGAGUCUCAUGCACACCCUAUGUUUCUAAGUCGAUAUAGACGAAUUGAAUCGUGUUCGAUGCAGAGAUCCAUUGUGAUUUCUUCGUGCUGGUUCUUUGAUGAGAGACGCACCACACGUGCACUAGGUAGAUAAGAGACAGAACAGGCAGAGAACAAUUUCAUUUUCAAACUAUGUAUACAAGAAAGGAAGGACACAACACUAGAAGGAGUUUGCCAUAUGGAUGAAAUAAACACAUUUCAGAUGCAAA